AGUGUUCCCAGUGCCCCUCCCCGUUCCUUCCUCCCGGUCCGAAGGGGCAGCGGGGGCUCGUCCCAUCUCCGGGGGGGUCAUGCUGAGGGUCGGGGUGCUCCCCACCCCCGCCGAGGCUCUGCCGGGCAGAGCCCAGGGACCACGAGUGGCAGGCACCCACGCAGUCACCGGGAACCCCACGAUCCCCCCGUUCCCCGCGGAGAUGCAGACGGCGAUUUUCGGCAUGGGCUGUUUCUGGGGUGCGGAGCAGCUCUUCUGGCAGACCCCGGGGGUCUUCUCCACCCAGGUGGGAUUCUCGGGAGGCUUCACCCCCAACCCCACCUACGAGGAAGUGCGCACAGGGCUGACAGGACACGCCGAGGUGGUGAGGGUGGUGUUUGACCCCCGACACAUCAGCUACGAGGAACUCCUCAAACUCUUCUGGGAGAACCACGACCCCACCCAAGGGAUGAGGCAGCACCAGGACCUGGGCACCCAGUACCGCUCCGUCAUCUACACCCUGAGCCCCCAGCAGCAGGAGGCUGCCCUCCGGAGCAGGGAGGGGUACCAGCAGGAGCUGAGGGAGCAGGAGAGAGGGGACAUCACCACUGUCAUCCACCCCGCUGGGGACUUCUACUACGCCGAGGACCAUCACCAGCAGUACCUGCACAAAGUGCCCGGGGCCUCCUGUGAGAUGAAGGGCACUGGUGUCACCUGCCCCAUCAGACCCUGAAGUGCCACCUCCUGUCCCCUGGCUUGUCCCCAGGUCCCCCCUGUUGCAAGCAGGGUGGGCACAUCCAGCCCCACACGUCACCCCCCCAGUGUCCCAGCAG